AAAAUGUUGGACUCUGAAGUAGAGGAUAGAUUGAGGGAAGAACGGCUGGAAAAUAGGUACAAAGAAAUAUCAGGAAAAGACAUCGAAAUAUCAGGUGGUGAAGACGAUAAAUCCAUAAUCCCAAAACAUUUUGCUUUGCAAAACUACAGGCCAAGGUUUCCACAGCCCAAAACUGCACCAUAUCUUCGCUAUGUACAAGAUCAUGAGAAACAAGUAGAUGGAUUCCUCCAAUUCUCUGGAAAAAAGCUGCCGAGUCCAGUCUCCAAGUUCCACUCCGAGGCCUCCGAAUCCGACCCCCGAUUCAUGCACAUACGAUGCAGUUACAACAAUAAAUACUGGGUUCGUCAGUCGCCUGACUCCAACUACAUUGUUGCCAUCGGCACAAAGCAAGAAAACGACCAGUCCAAAUGGUCGUGCACGCUGUUUGAGCCCAUCUACGAUGCUGACCACAAAGGCUACCGCUUUCGCCAUGUGCAGCUCGGCUACGAGCUGUUUCGAGCCAGCUUGUUCGACGAAUUCCCCGAUGGCCUCCUGGCGAAGGAGAAGGGUGCAACUAUUGAAGAAUGGGAGGAUAAUGCAUUCAAUACACUUAUCGAUUGGGAUUCAUUAGUUAUACUCCCAAAACAUGUGACCUUUAAGGGUAGCAAUGGAAAGUACUUGAAAUACAAUGGUCAUUAUUUGCAAUUCUCUGGAACAGAUGUUGAAAAUCCAUCGCAUAUCCAUGAAAUCUUCCCAAAGAAUGAUGGAACUAUUCGUAUCAAGAAUGUGGGUUGCCAAAAGUUCUGGAUUCGUGAUCCUAAUUGGAUAGUCGUGGUAGCAGAAGAUAGCAGUAGGGACGAUCUCAACUCAUUGUUUCAGCCAGUGAAACUUGGCAACAACAUUGUGGCUCUUCGUAGCUUGGGCAACAACCACUUCUGCACAAGCCUCAGCAUAGAUGGAAAGUCAAAUUGCUUGAAUGCUGACCUGGAAAAUCCAAUCGUAGAAACCGAAAUGGAAUUCGCAGAGGCUGUAAUGUCGAGCAGAAUAGAAAACAUUGAGUAUCGCAUGAAGGAUGCCAAAAUCUACGGCGAGAGGGUGUGGUCGAUGGUUAAAGGAGAUGCUAUUAACAAAACAAGAGCCGCGGACACCGUGCAAUUCACAUUCUCUUUUGAGGAUAAAAUGAAGAGGAAUUGGACCAAUGCAUUGGGUGUCAAAUUUGGAGUCUCAAAACAAUUCACUGCCGGGGUUCCAAUGAUUGGAGAUGGAAGCAUUACUGUUUCUGUUGUGGCUGGUGGAGAGUAUGCAUGGGGAGAGACACAAAAAGAGAAAAGGUUCAUGUCUUGUAGCAGCACUAUAACAGUGCCUCCAAUGUCGAAAGUGAAGAUGAAUGCAAUCGUAAAACGGGGCUUUUGCAACGUCCCUUUUUCGUAUACUAAGAUCGACACUCUCCGAGAUGGAACACAGAUCUCCCGUGAGUAUGACGACGGAGUUUUCAAUGGCAUUCAGUCCUACGACUUCCAAUUUAGGUCCGAUAAGGUAGUACUGCCUUUGUGAUUGAUUAGCUUAUGCGCCUUGUUGUGUGAACAAUAAUGUGGCUGCACAGCCAUUCAAGCUUACCUAUUACAUCCUUAGUUUCCUUUGGAGUUUGUCAUGUGUCAUUAUGUUUGAGUGUGAUUCUCGUAAUAUAACUGUUAAGUUAUGAAUUUUGUUCCUAUGAUUUGAAACCCGAUUCUGCCUUUUUCUUUAUCA